AUGCGCAAUUUUCUGACGAAUUUUCCACCUAAGGACAUGUCUACUGCUUUAAAGCUGACCUCCCUACCGAGUUCUGUCGGCGCCUAUGUUGGGGAAGAUGAUUAUGAGGAGAAGGAAGACAACGACGAGCUUAAUACUAUACCUAGCAGGAAACUUAACAUUUGCCACUAUAUUGAGGACAUUCUGUAUGAUGAAUCCCGUGGAUUUGAGCUAGGAACAUUCAGCUCUUCUAUACUUUCUAGCGUCCUGAAGAAACAACCUGCCAAAUGGCCUUCUCUGGCCGAAGGUUAUAUCUGCGAUAUCAUAUCUAUCGUUCACAAUUUUAUUAGUAUAGCCUUAACAAUAUCCUGUCGUGAUCACAGACUCCGCUCAAAUAUUCUCCCGUUUUUAAUAGACGGGCUGAUCGAGAGGUAUCGGAAAUCUCUUUCAAUGACGGACUUUCUCCUUAAAAUCGAAAGAGAGGGAACACCGAUAAGUCAAAACCAUUACUUAAAUAUCGCUAGGAACACUUUAUUCCCUGUGGAUAUGCCUGAUGGCUCAAAGCGAGAGUGUUUUCAGGUUUCUGGUCUCGUACGAAUUCAUCACAUGAGUAAUUCGAAGCAGACGGUCGAGGACAUCCAUGACAUUUUGAAAUCAUACUACAAGGUCGCACGAAAAUGA